AUGGCUACCGCCAACAUUGAAGGUUUUUUCAAACUGCAGUAUGAAAGACUAUAUGAUUAUGCUCAUGAAUUAAUGAGAUCAAACCCUGGUUCAACAGUCAAAGUAAAAGUGGGACGAAAUGGGGAUAAUGUUAUAUUCAAUAGAAUUUAUGUGUGUUUCAAAGCAUGUAAAGACAACUUUGUCUGUUGUUGGCCUAUCAUACAUUUGGAUGGUUGUUUUUUAAAAGGGAAGUAUGGAGGUGAGCUUUUAACUGCUGUUGCAAGAGAUGGUAAUGAUCAGAUGUGUCCAUUGGCCUAUGUUGUUGUUGAAGUAGAAAACAAGGACACAUGGACUUGGUUUUUAGAACUGUUAAUUGAUAAUCUUGGAGGAGGAGGAUUCUGUUCAAGGUGCACAUUUAUGUCAGAUCAACAGAAAGGACUUAUGCAAGCUUUCCAGCAAUUGCUGCCUAGUGUGGACCAACGUUUCUAUGUAAGGCACUUGUAUUCCAAUUUUCGAAAGAAAUUUCCUGGCAUAAUUCUGAGACAAUUAGUGUGGAAGGCGGCAGCAACUUCACACCCCCAAGCAUGGGAUGCAGUCAUAAGACAAAUCAAGGAUGUCAACGAAGACGCGUUUAAACACUUGAUAAGUAUUGCACCAAGGUUUUGGUCUAGGUCAAGGUUUUCAGGAAGACCUUCAUGUGACACAAUUGUGAAUAACAUCUCUGAAGCUUUUAACAGCGUCAUUGUAGAUGCAAGGGGGAAACCUAUUAUAACAAUUUGGUCAGGGCUUCAAGUAUUUGAGAUCCGGCGUACCUCCAAUAUUGCAGAAAAAUAUGUGGUUGAUGUAGACAAAAGAGAUUGUAGCUGCAGAAAGUGGCUUCUCACAGGGAUACCUUGCUGCCAUGCACUCACAGCUGUGAGGUUUUUAAACAUGAAUCCAGAAUACUUCAUACCAAAUUGGUUUAGGACCACCACUUAUGAAGAAACUUACAAUCCAAUAAUUUUCCCUGUGAAUGGACCUGAGUUAUGGCAAAGAACAUCAUAUCCUGAUAUUUUGCCUCCUCCUAAUAGGGUCUUGCCAGGUAGACCAAGAAAAAACAAAAGAUUGGAGAGUUGGGAGCAAAUAAGGGAUGAUACUCAACUUGGACAAGCUGGAAUCCCAAAGAGAUGUGGCAUUUGUAGGCAAUUAGGGCAUAGAAGAACUAAUUGCCCUCAAGUAAGUCAACAUCAACAUGACCAACCUACAACAAACCCCACUCAAGGAAGUGAACAACAAGACCAACAACCUACACAAGAUGCCACUCAAGGAACUCAACAAGAAGACCAUCAACCUACACCACAUGCCACUCAAGGAAGUCAAAUUACUCAUGAUGACACUGCAAGACCAGUUUAG